CAAAGUAAUAUGUGAACGUCGUUCAUUAGUUAACCAAGUGUUGAAUAGAAUGCUGUCAUUUUUCGUAAUUGCAAUUGAAAUUAUUGAGUUUUAGUAUCAACCAUCGCCGAUUGAUUGGAGUUGCAAAAAAAGAGUUCCACGAAUUAACCACGUAAACGCCUAAAUUUUUUUUGGGAAAUUGAAUUGAUUCAAGAUGUCACAUCGUUCGCGGCGAGGUGAUGACCAAGAUAGGUCACACUCAUCACACAGAUACGAAAAAUAUGAACAUCGUCAUCGACGGGACGAUUCAAGAGACCGAGACUAUUAUCAUUCAAAGUCAAGUAGUUCACGACGUGAUAAAUAUCGAAGUAGAAGUCGGUCACCGUCGUACAGUUCGAAAAGUUAUACAAGACACCAUCGCAAUAGUCGAAGUCGUUCACCGGUUCACAGUUCAAGGCAUUAUCGUAGCCGAAGCCGAUCGCCCGGAUACAGCAAUUCAAGGCAUCAAGAUGAUUAUCAUCGAUCUCAUCAUCGUUCGAGGGACCACAAAGACGACCACAGGGAUUUGCGGGAGUCAAAAUCUCGUGAUUCACGCGAACAUUCACAAUCAAGAUACAAUAUACAUGAAAAAUUUGAUACAAAAAAUUCAAUUGAUAAACCAUACACAAAACACGAAGAGGUUGCAUCGAAUAAUAUGAUUGAUCGAGCAGGAUCAUCAGCCAUAUCAAGCCAAACCAAUGAAAAUGCACACAGUGAACAGCCAAAGACCAUAACAUACGAUCCCAACGAUCCGGAUGCAGUAUUAGAGGAGGAAAAACAACGUAUUCAACGUGAAACACUCGAACGUUUACAAAAGCAUUUAGAAGCCGAAGGAAAAUCAUACCCACCGAAAAAACCACAAGCCUCACAUCCGAUUUUUGCCAAUGACGGCUCAUUUUUGGAAAUGUUUAAAACUAUUCAAGGUAAUAUGCAGCAACAGCAACACUUUCAACAACAGCCGCAAUUAAUACCACAAUCACAGAGUACAAGUGGUAUUGCACAACCGACCAAACCAACGGCACCGACCUCAUCAACAGCAAAUUCAAUUAAUCGAUUCCAACCGAUAAAUCGAAGACGUGGCGCAAAAAUUCUAAAAACAGGCAUCGUACAAAAGCAACGUGUCGUCGAAGAAACGGAUGAAGCAACCGCCGCAUCAAACGAUUCAUGGAAUGCCUAUUUAAAAGAAGUGAAACGAUACAAAACCGUUACAUGCAGCGAUGACAACAUGACACGUUCACUUGUCAAAUGAAUUUUGCGCGUGGCAUUUUUUUUUUCUUAUCUGCAUGAAUAUUUCACAGUGGUUUGAUUUGUUCCUUUUUUUGCAGUAAUAAACGAUUGCAUUUGUUUA